ACCUGAUGUUGUCUUGGUUCCGUGGACUUCGGUCAUAAACGCGCGCGACAGAGGGCAUGUCGACACGAUUGACUAAAACAAAUCUUGUUCAUUUACUAUUUUAUUGUUGUAAUAGGCUCCUCGAUUUUUUUUACACUAGCCACAAAAGCCGAGCGUCUAUACUGUACCAGUACAAAAAGUGAAUGCCUGUGGCGCUGUUGUCUUAGCGCCCCCUGCUGCCGCCUCUGCUAUGGGCCAGCAGAUCUCAGGUCAGGCGGCGCGUCUCCCUGAGAAGCUCCUCAAACACGUCGGCCUGGUGCGGGACAGCAGCUACCUCACCUACGAGGAGUUUUUGGCUCGGGUGGCUGAGCUCAAUGACUUGACUGCUAAACUAGCUGCAGGGCAACACAAGCACCUGCUAUUUGAGGUCCUGCCAGGUUCGGAUGCCAGCGCCUUGUGGAAGGUGGCUGUCAGGAUCGUUUGCACCAAGAUCAACAAGGACAAUGGGACGGUGGAGGCGUCACGCAUCAUGAACCUGUACCAGUUCAUCCAGCUUUACCGCGACAUGACCAGCCAGGCCGCCGACGUGCUGGCCGCAGAGGGCGGCGCCGCCACGGCCACCGAGACCGCUUACGUGCCGCCUCUUGCCCCUGAUGCCUGUCAGGCCAGCAUGUGGAUGGGCAGAGUGAAGGAGCUGACGGACGACGAGGAGUGCUGCAUCUGUAUGGACGGGAAGGCCGACCUCAUCCUGCCGUGCACUCACAGCUUCUGCCAGAAGUGCAUCGACAAAUGGAGCCGCAACUGCCCCAUGUGCCGCCUGCAAGUGACUACUGCCAACGACUCGUGGGUGAUGUCCGACUUCCCCACGGAGAACGACAUGGCUGGAUACAUCCUCAACCUGGCCGACGAGGCGGGACACCCGCAUCGACCUUGAUGCAACAAGUAAACAAAACAAAACAAAGAACAUGUCACAUUCACUGGACAUUCUGUAAUGGUUGCAAGUAGAUGUGGUGCAUUGUGGGAAAGCUGUUCAUCUUUGCAAGGUCAUGUGACAGCAGAACCUUCAAACUGGAUCACAACCUGUGGAGAAACCAAUAUUGCAGGACUCUUGUUCAUACUUGUGUAAAUUGUUGUAUUAUUUGUAAAUAGUUUAAUGAUAACGAACCAGUUAUUUAAACAAAAAAUGCACAAUUAUUAUAUAUUUUAAGGAUCUAAAUGAAUACAAAAGUGAAUAAAUACAUUUGAAGUAACCAAUCUUCGCCUAAAACAGCUGAAUAAAUGCAAGAAAUAUUGCAGGACUUGAUAAUGUGACUGUUUGCUCAUCCAACUGUGGACUCCCCUGCUUUCGAUGCUCGCUGACCUGAAGUCUUACGUCAUUUGGUUUUUGGGGCAUACAUUUUUCUGAAAAGUUCUGGUUAAAUUCCAAGUUUCUUUCGACUCGGAGCGUGUUCCACUUUGGAGGUUCGACUGUGUUUACCAAGCAACACAACUCUUAAUUAUAAUGUUAUUACAACAUUCUGAUAUCAAAGGCAUUCAUUGAGCUGACCUUAUUAUUGGAAAUACUUUUGCACAUCAUGGGUGUCAAACUCGGCGGCACGGUGGCCGACUGGUUAGAGCGUCAGCCUCACAGUUCUGAGGUGCGGGGUUCAAUCCCCGUCCCCGCCUGUGUGGAGUUUGCAUGUUCUCCCCGUGCCUGCGUGGGUUUUCUCCGGGCACUCCGGUUUGCUCCCACAUCCCAAAAACAUGCAUUAAUUGGAGACUCUAAAUUGCCCCUAGGCAUGACUGUGAGUGCGAAUGGUUGUUUGUUUCGAUGUGCCCUGCGAUUGGCUGGCAACCAGUUCAGGGUGUACCCCGCCUCCUGCCCGAUGACAGCUGGGAUAGGCUCCAGCACGCCCGCGACCCUAGUGAGGAGAAGCGGCUCAGAAAAUGGAUGGAUGGAUGGAGGGUGUCAAACUCAUUUUUGUCACGGCCACAUUAUUGUUACGGGUUCUCCUCAGUGGGCCGUAAUGAGACGGUGAACCCACAUAAAUGUCUGAUUGCCGCAUAUUAUUACAUAUAUACAAAACAUUGAUGGAAAUCAGGAGUCAGUAAAAAAAAAAAAUGUUUGCUCAACUGUUAUUCAGUUCAUUUUAAAAGCGGGAUUGGUAACAAAAAAUGCUAUCAUUGUCUCAGUGUUAUUAAAAAUGAAGACAAUUUUCAAUUUUGGUAUUUUAGAUAGAUUUCAAAGUAUCCGGCACCAGGGGAAACAGGAAAUUCACGUGAAGGGAACACAUUCUUUUCACGAACAUGCUUUUUUUCAGUUAUUAUAACAUAACCCGGCAUGUUUCUAUGUAAUAUUCCUGAUGAGCUUUGCUUUUAUGAAUAAAUAAUGACCUUCAAUAUGAAGGGCCAUGAACAAAACGGCUUAAUUUCUUAUUUUGUCUAAUUUUCACAUUUAAUGUGCCAAUGAAGUACUGUACUUUUUUCCAGGCUUUGCUGAGCCUUAAUCAAUUGAAAAUGUCUAUUUAAGUCAUUUAUCCUAAUAAAAAAAAAAAAAAUGAAUUGUUGUAGUCAGUGGAUAGAUACAUAUUAGAUGCAUUAACAGGCUAUGUUUUCUAUGGAUUUAUUGGUUUAUAAUCAUAUAAAUAAUUCCAAAAAAUAUAUUGUUUGAUUUUACCUAAUUUUAUGCUGACUUUGCUGUACUCAAUGUUUGCACUACAAAAGAUUAUAUAUACACACACAACACAGUUAUCAUUUAAUCGCAUAGAUUAGAAUAUUUUUCUCACUUUUUACAAUAGUACUGUAUAUCAUAGAAUUCUGUAAGUGUCCCGCCAUUGGAGGGUAGUGUUCGCUGCUUUUUCUUUUUUUUUUUUUUUUUUACACUCAUAUAUCUUUUAAUUCUGCCCGUGUAAUGCAUUGUUUGGCCAUCUCUUUUUCUCAGUCUGUAUUAAGUCAUUCGUGAAAAAGAUGUAGUUUAACACGUGUGAUAUUAUAUUUCAUGAUAUGAUAUGUUGUUCUUUUCUUAGGUUCCCCAAACCUGGUUUAAUUUGUUUUAAUAUGGCUGGAUUUAGGUGUGACAAUACAUUGCAUUACUUUUAAUAAAGACACUUUAUUAUUUGUGA